UGCGUGAUCAACGGGCCCACAGGAACCAGCGGGACAGCGUGCACACGUGGUGGUCGCACUGUAGGCAAUAAUUUCUCAUCCCCGUCCGUCCUCGAAAAUGUUUAUAUUUUAUUCUCCUCAUUCCAUACGUUGAACUCGGAAGAGCUCUUCUCUAUAAAUCAGAUAAAUUAUCGUGUCCUCUUGAACUUAUCUUCUUCCAAUACCUUUUUCGUCCCUAAAACCCUUUUCCUAUCUCCCUCGACGCCUUCAUCCAUUGCUCCGGAUCCACCCAAAGCUGCCUCGUUAUGAUACAUUUUUAUCCAAUUCCUUUGACUAAUUGAAAAAUUAUCAUUGUUGGUGGCACUCAGUUGGAGAUUUCUCUGGAAUUUUGGUUGGUUUUCGCGGAGGUCUUGUAGGAGUCUCGGAAUCAAUUUUUUGAGCUGCAAAUUUCUGUUGUUUUCCAUUACAGUUGCUCUCCAAUCGUUCAAAGAUCGUACAGUUGUCCAAAUAGGCUUUCUCGGAGAAUGGCCUCCUUCCAGUCAUGGAAGUGCUCGUGGUCUUCGGUAGCGGCCGUGGCUUCUCUGGUGCUAUUGGUGUCACUGGUGCACAUGUUCUUGACGCCUCUGUUUCCUUCUUCGCUCGAUUACUUUGGUGCUCCACGGAAUUCCUGUUUGCCAGUCAACAGGUCGGUCGGUGGGAGCAGUGAGCGUCUGGCCGAUAAUUCACAGUUGAAUCCUGUCUUUGAUCCUCAGCUUCUCCCUGACUCUCAUGGAGCAGUUACAUACCGGGCCGCACCAUGGAAGCCUGAGAUUGGAAGGUGGCUUUCUAGUUGUGAUUCAAUUACUACAGCAAUUGAUGUCGUUGAGAGCAUAGGAGGCAAGAGUUGCGAAUAUGACUGUAAUGGUCAAGGAAUAUGUAAUCGAGAACUGGGGCAAUGCAGGUGCUUUCAUGGAUUUGAUGGGCCAAACCUUUGCUCUUUCAGGCAGAUGAGGACUUUUUGUGCUUCUCUCAGAAGGGAAGGAUGUACCAAGAAGUUGCAGCUGGACUGCAAUCAUCCAGGAACUCCAGAAAAACCAUUUGGAUGGUGGAUUGUUUCCAUAUGUUCAGCAUAUUGUGACACAACUAGAGCAAUGUGCUUUUGUGGAGCAGGAACUAAGUAUCCAAAUCGUCCUGUGGCAGAGUCAUGUGGCUUUAAAAUAAACUUACCAUCUGAACCUGGGGGUCCUAGGAUCACAGAUUGGACAAAGGCUGAUUUUGAGAAUAUAUUUACUACUAACAGUAGCAGACAGGGAUGGUGUAAUGUUGACCCAAAGGAUGCCUAUGCUUCCAAAGUGAACUUUAAAGAGGAAUGUGACUGUAAAUAUGAUGGUCUUGGGGGACGAUUCUGUGAGAUACCAACAAUGUGCAGUUGUCCCAACCAGUGCUCUGGGCAUGGACAUUGCCGUGGUGGAUUUUGUCAGUGUGACAAUGGGUAUUAUGGGAUAGAUUGCAGUAUCCCAUCUGCCUUAUCACCCAUACAAGAGUGGCCUACAUGGCUUCGACCAUCUAAAGUUGAUGUACCUGACAAGGCACCAAUAGGUAGUGACCUUAUAAAUGUUAGCGCUGUUGUUAAAAAGAAAAGGCCACUUAUUUAUGUUUAUGAUCUGCCACCAGAGUUCAACAGUCACCUUCUGGAGGGGCGGCAUUGGAAGUUUGAAUGUGUAAACAGAAUAUACACUGAUGAGAACAGAACAUUGUGGACUGAGCAAUUGUAUGGCUCACAGAUGGCACUUUAUGAGAGCAUACUGGCUAGUCCAUACCGAACAAUGAAUGGUGAAGAAGCAGACUAUUUCUAUGUUCCUGUUCUUGAUUCCUGUAUAAUAGCUCGAGCGGAUGAUGCACCACAUUUGAGUGUGCAGAAACAUUCACGUCUGAGGAGCUCCCUAACUUUGGAAUUCUAUAAGAAGGCUUAUGAUCAUAUAGUUGAGCAGUAUCCAUAUUGGAACCGCUCCUCUGGAAAGGACCAUAUAUGGUUAUUUUCAUGGGAUGAAGGUGCUUGCUAUGCUCCGAAAGAAAUUUGGAAUAGCAUGAUGUUAGUACACUGGGGGAACACGAAUUCCAAACAUAAUCACUCAACAACAGCUUAUUGGGCUGACAACUGGGACCCUAUCCCUUCCCAUAGAAGAGGUGACCACCCCUGCUUUGACCCAGAGAAGGAUCUUGUACUUCCAGCAUGGAAAAGGCCUGAACCAAUUGCAAUAUGGUUAAAACUGUGGGCCAGGCCACGCAAGGAGCGUAAAACCCUCUUCUAUUUCAAUGGAAAUUUAGGAUCUGCCUAUGAACAUGGGCGACCUGAAAGCACGUAUAGUAUGGGUAUCAGGCAAAAAUUGGCAGAAGAAUUUGGUUCUACACCUAACAAGGAGGGCAAGCUUGGGAGACAGCAUGCAGCUAAUGUAACAGUAACUCCAUUACCCUCACCUAAGUAUUCUGAGGAAUUGGCAAGCUCUUUGUUCUGUGGGGUGCUGCCUGGGGAUGGCUGGAGCGGACGCAUGGAAGACAGCAUUCUGCAAGGGUGCAUUCCAGUGAUAAUCCAGGAUGGAAUCUUUCUUCCUUAUGAAAAUGUUCUCAACUAUAAAAGCUUUGCAGUGCGAAUUCAAGAAGAUGAUAUCCCAAGCUUGAUAAAAAUUCUUCAGGGGAUUAAUGAAACAGAGAUAGAGUUUAUGUUGGCCAAUGUACGCCAGAUCUGGCAGAGGUUCUUAUAUCGUGAUUCUGUUUUGCUUGAGGCUCAGAGACAGAAGAAAUUGUUCUCUAAGGAGGAUGGCUGGGCGGUUGAGUUCUCAAAACUCAGACAAGAUGAUGUCUUUUCCACAUUCAUACAGGUAUUGCACUAUAAAUUGCAUAAUGAUCCCUGGAGGAAACAUCUCUCUCAGCAAAAGGAGUCUGGGCUGCCAAAGGUUUGCUCGAGAACUCACUAGGUGCUUUAAAGAAAAGAUGCUCAUUGCAAAAAGGUCAUACAUUUGUUAUCCCAACCAAAAGGCAGGGAAGUGAAGAUAAUCUUUUUUUUUCAUAUCACCAUGACGCGGAACAAUGCUGACUUGGAAUAUCUCACUCUUACAUACAAGAUUUUGAUGAGUAGCAAUGACCAAUCUGCUAAUGGCUGAAGUCAAAAAUCAGCGCUGGUUUUUGCAUGUAUAAAAAUGCUCAACAGAGUAAAAGAUAUAAAAAGAUGAGGAACAGAAUAAAAAUCUUUCAUGUUCAAGUGAAACAGAAUGACAUGUUUUCGGUACCGUAAACUCAAGUGUCGCAUGCUUGAUUAUUGUGGAAGGAACUCGUUGAAGUUCUUUCGUGGAAGGUUGUCCUCUAUUUAUUUAUUUAUUGCUUUUUAUUUGAUGAA